AUGCACCAGCAAGCGUUACAGAAGCUAGAGUGCUACUCGGGUUAUGUGACACGUGGCGAAGACAUAUAUCCAGGUUCAAUGGAAAAACUUCAUGUUGGCAAUGUCCUCUGUAGUCCAGCAUUUUGGAGUGCAUCAUUUCGUCGCACACCGUCGUAUUACACGGACAAACCGCUGCAGUAUAUCAUCGAGUCUAAAACGGGUCGUAAAAUUCAAUCGAUCGCUGCCGGUUGGCAAGAGUACGAAAUAUUAUAUCGUUGUCAACAACCAUUCUAUGUUAAUGAUGUGACGAAAUAUCGGGGUAAGACAGUAGUAUUACUCACCGAACUACCUCAAGAAUACAAGCAGUUAAAGACGAUAAAAUUAGAACGAAAAUUGUUUGAAAGAAAUCAUUUUGAAAUUCUAGAUAAAGCUGAAGAACAAAAAGAACUCAAUCUAUUCGAAAAUGACUUUGAAGGACAUUAG